AUGAGCGCGGCCGUCGUGAUCUUUUCCAAGGACAGGCCCCUGCAGCUGUGCGGAUGCCUCAGCUCCCUCACAACAUGCAUCCGCGACUCAUCCGACGCCCAGAUCCAUGUCAUCUACAAGGCGUCUGACGCGUCGUUUGCAGCGGCCUAUGCUCGACUCGCCGAGAGAUGGACCGAUGCGCGCGUCCACUGGAGUCGGGAGGCACCUGGAUGCGCGAUUUCAUCGGCCCUGGAGGGGCUGGAGGCGUCCCAUGUGCUGUUCACUGUGGAUGACGCGCUCUUCCUGCGGCCGCUGGCGCCCUCUCUUUCACGCUGUGUGGCUCUGCUGGAGGAGAACGAUGCGCUGCUGAGUGUGUGUUUGCGGCUGAACCCUCGUGUUGAGUAUAGCCAUCCCGCAGGAUCGUUCUUCCCCCCGCCUGUGCUGCAUUGGACACGGGAGAGGGAUGCCCUGCUGUUGAGAAGGUGAGAGAGAGAUUAUGGCCAUCUCUUAGCAUAGCAUGGAUCGUAUGGCAUUGUCAUGGGUGUGUAUGCGUGAUGUCAUCAGGUUGAGGGAGGGCGAUUGCAGCGGCGGCUGUGGUGGUGAUGCGGGGGGUACGGGUGCUGACGAGUGGUCGAUGCCUUUCGACCUCAGCGGCAGCAUCUACCGCACAUCCGACCUCAGAAGGCUAUUCACGGUCAGUCAGUCGAUCAGGCAGAAAUGGUACUGACUGACUGAGCGGGCCACGUCACGUCAUGUCUGCUAUGUGGUGUGAUGUCAUCUCAUCUGUUCACCAGUGCAUCGAGGAGAGUCCUGUAUUGGGUCGCGAGUGGCUCGACCAUCCCAAUCGACUUGAAGCAGCUGGUAAGUAACUACCCGAGGCGCGCAGGUCAACACUUCGUAUGGAUCUCUGUUGUCUGUGUGUCUGUUUUAUGCAGGCAACCGUGCCAUUCAGGAGCUGAUGAGUGGUCUGGAUCUCAACGCCACUCGCCCCUUCACAGCGGCGCCCACCCAGCCGCUCCUCACACUCAUCACGGUCAGCCACCCACUCAGUGAAAUGCCCUCCCUGCAAGGACCACCAUCCUCGGUGGACUGUCUGUCUGUUUCGGUGCAGGCAAAUCGUGUGCAGGAUGUGUACUCGAACGCCAUAUACGCCGAUGCACCCCAAUGGGACAUCCGCUCCCUGCUCGCCACUUUCCACCAGAUUGACCGCACCCACACCUCCCACACCGACUUCCUCACGGCUGUCGACGGCUUCUUCGCGGCCCCGUUCUACACAUCGACUUACUGGGACUGCCUCCACACACCCCCGCCACCUCUGUCUGCAUCCGCUGCCGUGCCGAGGAGCCCUGACGGGCCUGAGCCGCUGGUGAGCUGGCUGGUGCCGGCACACAACGCCAAGAAAUAUGUGGACGAGUGCAUCGACAGCAUUGGAGGCCAGACGGACAUCGGAGCAGGUGAGUAGUGGGUGAGGGAUGAUCGAAGGGGCCGUGUGUGUGUCGUGUGCUUGCUUGUUUGGUUCAGGUGUGUAUGAGGUGGUGCUUGUCGACGACUGCUCCACCGACGGCACACUCGGCCGGCUGCAUGCACGGGGGGCAGACGACCCCCGAAUACGCGUCGUUUCCACACCCGAAAACCUCGGUCGGUUGGCACGUUAUGAAACGAAUACCUCCUAUUUGGUGCGUGGCGCAUCGAUGCGUCCUUGGUGCUACGUCAGGUGUUGCCGGUGCUCUCAACUACGGCAUGUCACGCUGCCGUGGGACGUUGGUCGCGCGGCUGGAUGCAGACGAUGUGGCGGAGCCUCACCGACUCGCCACACAGGUAGGCUAGGCGUACCACCAGAGAGAGAGAGAGAGGGAGAGGGAGUGUGUGUGUGUCAUCCACCCCACCUUCUGCCAUAUUUUCACUCUCUGUGCAGCUGCGCUACCUCGCCACACAUCCAUCGGUCGCAGUGCUGGGCACAGCCUUCACCACGUUCACCGACCCCCCGACCUCCCAUUCCCCUCCCUCUCCCAGCGAAGCCAGCAAUGCCAUGCCGAUGAUGCCUCUGGGCGAUCGUGUGUACCGCCCCGCGUGCCACCCCGUUCUGGUGCGGUGGCACAUGCUCUUCCGCUGCCCCAUCGCACAUCCCACUGUGCUCAUCAACCGGCCUGUGUGGGAGGGAGGGAGAGGGAGAGGGUUGGAUGGGGAGGGAGGGCUUGAUCUGGUGUACCCGACUGACGAGGCGGCGGAGGACCACGCCAGGUGGCUGGGUUUGCCUCCAGGUGUGGUGGUGUGCAAUGUGGGGGACAUUUGUGUGCGGCUGCGGCGUCAUGGGCGGCAGAGGUCGGCGACGCACCACAAAGAGCUGCAGGAAUCGUCCAUCAGGGCUGUGCACAGGUGAGGGUGGGGUGGCCCCCAUGCACAGACACGUUCCUGCAUCCAAACAGGUGUGCAAAACUGCUGGCGUCUGUUCGUCUGUGUGUGUGUCUGUGUGUGUGUGUGUGUGUGAAGGUACAUGCAGCGUCACGUCGACACGAGUGUCACAGUGGAAGAGGUCCAGGUGCUGUGGAAGCAACGGUGGGUGCGUCACAGACGUGGAUGGACAAAGAGAUCCCAAACAUGUAUGUCAUGUGCGUACGACCUCCGCGGCUGUCUGUCUGUCUGUCUGUCUGUCUGCAGGAGGAUUGACGGGUCAACAACUGGCAGACGCAUCGACGACCUUCUGAAGGUAGGUGCGCUACGCCAUGCAGACGCGCACAUGAACCACAUUUGCCUCCAUCUGAGCUGCACAUGUCUGUUCACCUGUACGUGUGUGUGCUGUGCAGGCACUCGAGAACCACUUUGUGCAGCUGAUCGACGACCUUGCCGGACAGGCACGCGAAGCCCCUCAGCAGCAGCAGAUGGGGAGCGACUGGUGGGCCGACGGCCGCACAGCCGCGCUCAAGCAACACAUACACUGCGCGACAGAACGGAUCAGGUGGGUGGCCCGCAUACACGCGCAGCAUCGCCUGUGCAUGUGUGUGGUGCAUUGCGUUGCGUGCAGGGGUGAGAUGUGUCUGGUUGAGCUGAGUCAGGGCAACAUGGAGGGGUCGCUGCCGCUGCUGCUCGAGUGAACACGGGAGGGAGGGAGUAUGGGCUGGGCGCGGCGCCCCAUCCAAUCCACCUCUGCUAUGCUAUGCUGUGCUGUUCAUGUGCAUCUGUCUGUGUCAGGUGGCUGAAGAACCCGUCGAGCCAACAGCAGCUCAAGCGGCUGACAGCUGGCAGUUAGUUGAUGUGUGUCGAUUCGAUGGAGGGCCAGCCAGGCCUGCGUUGGUUGCUGGAGAACUGCUC